ACAGUGCACAAAUAUAGUUAUUGAUAAUAUUGUGUUACCACAAAUGGAUGACCACAGUUUUUCAUUUGAGAGCAAACACAGUACUAGCCAAAGUAAGGUUCGGUAUCAAGAGAAAAAAAAAGAGACAAAUAAAGAAAUACAUAAUUUGCGCUGGAACGUUGAAUAUGAUCUUAAAGUGCCCGAUGAUCCAACUGCACAGGACGCAGAAUGGAAAAAAAUCCAACAAAAUACUUUCACAAGAUGGUGCAAUGAGCACUUAAAAUGUGUCAACUUAUAUAUUUACAAUCUGGAAACUGACCUAAGUGAUGGCUUGAAGUUGAUUGCUCUUUUGCAAGUUUUAUCUCAUAAAAAAAUUGAGAAGUAUAACAAAAGGCCAACUUUUAAAUCACACAAAUUAGAAAAUAUAACCAUUGCAUUAAAUUUCAUUGCAUCUGAAGAUAUCAAAGUGGUGAAUAUUGAUUCUUCACACAUAGUAAGUGGAAACUUGAAAUUGAUAUUGGGCUUGAUAUGGACAUUAAUUCUAAAAUACCAAAUCAGUUUGCCAAUGAUGGAUGAUGAAGGAGAUACUGAAGGUGGUCAAGUAGAACGAAUUACCCCAAAACAAGCCCUUAUGGGUUGGGUUAAAAGCAAGUUACCUGCUGAGGUCCCAAUAAAUAACUUUAACAAAGAUUGGUGUAAUGGUAUUGCCGUUGCAGCUCUUGUUGAAGCUAUUGCACCUGGUCUGUUUCCGUCAUGGGAUGAUUUAGACCCAAAAAAUGCUUUAGAAAAUGCAAAAGAAGCCAUGAAGUUAGCUGAAGACUGGUUAGGAGUACCACAGGUUAUAACACCUGAAGAAAUUACCAACAACAAUGUUGACGAACUCUCUGUGAUGACUUAUGUGUCAUACUUUCCAGAAGCAAAAUUAAAGCCUGGUGCUCCUUUGAAGAGAAAAAUGAACGAGGCUUCAAAGUGUAGUGCAUAUGGUCCUGGAUUACAAGAAAAUGGUGUUAUAGUAAAUAAACCAGCUGAUUUUACUGUUAAUACAACAGGUGCUUCACAUGGAAAAAUUAAUGUUCAAGUUUUUGGCCCCGGUAGAAAAGUUAUUGACUGUAAUGUUCAAGACAAUCAUGACAAUACAUAUUCAUGUCAGUACAUUGCACCUAAAGUUGGUGUUUAUGAUGUUCAUGUGAGGGUUGGAGGUCAUCACAUCCCUAAGUCACCAUUCAGAGUCAAUGUAGCUUCUGAUCUCGAUUCCAGUAAAGUUUCUGCAUAUGGUAAAGGUCUUGAACUGCAUGGUUUAAUUGUAGGACAAGAUGCUCCAUUUGAAGUAAAUGCUAGUGAAGCAGGAAAUGGCGACCUUUCUGUUGUAGUAAUAGAUCCAACUGGAGCCAAAAAAACAGAACUUAAAAUUGAGGCUUUACCAAAUAGCAUAUACAAGUGCUCAUAUGUACCACUUUUAAUGGGAAGAUAUGUUAUUGUUAUAAAAUACGGUGGAAAAGAAGUGGCUAAAAGUCCUUAUCAUGUUAAUGUUACUCCAGCUAGCGAUCGUGUCAAAAUUUAUGGUAGUGGUUUAGAACCAGGUCUAAAAACAGGUAAACCUGCAGUAUUUGUCAUUGAUUGCACUGAAGCAGGAGCUGGUGACUUGGAUGUGAAUAUUGAAGGCCCAGGAAAAAAUGAUAUAGCAGUUGAUUUGCAAAAUAAUGGAGAUGGAACAUAUACAUGCACUUAUAAACCAAGUAAAGCAGGAACAUACACAAUUCGAGUUAAAUUUAACAAUAAUGUAGUACCAAAGUGUCCUGUCAAAGUUUCUGUUGGAUCUACAGCAGACCCAUCAAAAAUUAAAGCUUGGGGACCUGGUUUAGAAAGGGGUGUUGCUGGUCGACCUGCUGAGUUUUUUGUUAGUUGUAAGGGUGCACCAAUAGCAAAUCUCACAGUUGGAGUUGAAGGACCUGGCCAAGCUAAAGUUGAAAUUAUUGAAGAUGCAGAUGGGGCAGCUAAGGUAUAUUACUAUCCAACUGCACCGGGUAAAUACAUCAUUCAUGUUAUGUAUGAUGAAAUAGAUAUAAAAGACUCACCAUUUACUGCAAUGAUUAGCCCACGUGGAGAUAUAAGUAAAGUUUAUGCAGAUGGACCUGGAUUAAAAGAAGGAAACAUGGCUGGCAAGCCAGCAGAGUUUACAGUAUAUACCAAAGGUUCAGGUGUUAAAGGUGGAUUUGUUCAAGUUUUUUGUACAGAUGAAAGUGGUAAUGAAGUUGAUGUAAAAGUUAAAGACAAUGAUGAUGGAACUUUUACUGUUGUUUAUUUACCCAAAUCACCUGGAAAGUACACUCUUAAAAUCCAAUUUAUGGAUGAAGAUAUACCCAAAUCUCCUAUUGUUGUUAAUAUCAUACCAUUUUGUGAUCCAAGCAAAGUAAAAGCUACUGGACCUGGUUUAGAAGGGGGUAAAUGUGGCAAACCUUGCAAAUUUAAGAUUGAUGCAAGUAAAGCUGGGGAAGGAGGUAUUGAUGUAAAAAUUUCAGGUCCAAAAGAAGCUAAGUUUAAGUGCGAUGAUAACGGUGACGGAACUUGCAAUUUUGAAUAUAUACCUGUGGAAGAUGGAGAUUACAAAAUAGAUGUUUUAUUUGCUGAUCAACACAUACCUGGAAGUCCAUUCAAUGCUGUUGUAUCUGAUGAAUUUGAUGCUUCAAAGGUAAUAGCAGAUGGUCCUGGUUUAAAACCAGGGAACCGCAGUGGGAAACCUUGUCUUUUUACUGUUGAUACUCGAAAAGCUGGAAAAGCAAAACUAGCUGUUGAAGUAACAGAUGAAGCUGGAAAACCCCUACCUGUCAAGCUUACUGAGGAAGAACCUGGGGUGUUUUCAACAUCUUACCUUCCUGAAAAAGAAGGUACUUACAAAGUCAGCAUAACAUUUGGUGGAAAACCAAUUCCAAAAAGUUCAUUUGCUGUUAAGGUUGGACCUGCUUCAGAUCCUUCUAAGGUCAAGGUAUUUGGACCUGGUAUUAAGCCCACUGGUGUUAAGUCAUUGGAACCAACAUAUUUUGAAGUAGAUGCCUCAGAAGCUGGGGAUGGAAAUGUAGUUGUAGAUAUAACACCAACAGACAAUAAGUUGCCUAAAGUUUCAGAUAUUGAAAUCAAACCUGGAAAGAAACCUAACACUUAUGUUGUAACAUAUACUCUACCUAAACAUGGCGAAUUUAUUAUUAAAGUUACAUUUUCUAGUGCUCCUGUUCCAGAAAGUCCAUUUAAAAUUUUGGCUACACCAGGCUGUGAUGCUUCCAAAUGUAAAGUUGCAGCUUUUGAAGAACCUGUAUGUGGUCAAGAAAAUCAGUUUACUGUUGAUUGUCCACCUGAAGCUGGAGAAGGUACCCUUUCAUGCUCAAUUGACUCUCCAGCAGGAAAACCUGUUAAAGCUAAUGUUGCUAAGAACAAUAAGAAUGGUUAUGAUGUAAAAUGGACACCAAAAGAACCAGGUCCUCAUAAGAUUACUGUUAAAUAUGGCAAUAAUGAAAUACCUGGAUCACCAUUUUCUGUUAAUGCAUUGGAUAAACCAGAUCCAUCUAAAGUGAAAGCAUUUGGUCCAGGUCUUAAAAACGCAUUUGUAAAUAGACCUGCAGAGUUUACAAUUGAUACAAAAAAUGCUGGGCCUGGAAACCUUGGGCUCACAAUCGAAGGACCAGAAGAAGCACAAAUUGAUUGCAAAGAUAAUAAUGAUGGCACCUUUUCUAUAAAUUACAUUCCAACUACAACAGGUCAACACGAUGUCAAUAUAAUGUUUGAUGGAGUACACAUACCAAACAGCCCUUUUAAAGUUAGUGCUGUGGAGCAUUUUGAUGCUUCUAAAGUUAAAUGCAAAGGAGCUGGUGUCUCUCGUGGUGUACCUGCUAGUUUCCCUGCUGUUUUCACCGUCGACGCAACAGAAGCAGGCAAAGCACCACUUCAAGUAGAUGUUAGCGGACCAGGUGGUAAAGUAUAUCCAUGUCAAAUAAAAGAUAAUAAAGAUGGAACUUUUGAUUGUUCAUAUGUACCUGAUAAAAAAGGUCGCUACCAAGUAUCACCAAAGUAUGGUGGUGAUGCUGUGCCCGGAGCUCCAUUUAAUGUAAAUGGUGAACCAAGUGGUGGUGAUGCUUCAAAAGUUAAAUGUUCUGGACCAGGUUUGAAACGCCCUCAUAUUGGUUUCCCAGCUCCUUUUGAAGUUGAUGCAACAAAAGCAGGAAAGGGUAAAGUAAAUGUUAAUGCUAAGGGACCAAAUGGAAAAGACAUUCCUGUUAAUAUAGUCGAAGAAAAAGAAGGAAUCUAUGCUGUUGAUUAUACUCCUGAGGAGUUAGGACCACAUGAAAUUGAAGUAUUGUUUGGCGGAGAGCCAGUGCGCGGAUCACCAUUUAAAGCUAAUGCCACACCUGCUCCAGCGCUAGAAAAUAUUAAAACACCAGUAUUAGAAAAACUUUUAGAAGAUGGCCCAUGCGUUAAACAACAGUUUGAAGCUCCAGUUGAUUGUUGCGACCUUCCAGAUAUCUUAGGAGCUCAGCUCUCAGGACUGAUUAUAACUCCUUCUGGAAAAAAAGAAAAGGUUGAUGUUAAGGACAAUCCAGAUGGUACAUUUAUAUUAAAUUAUACACCAAAGGAGACUGGAAAGUAUAUUCUUCAUGUUGCAUAUGAUGGUAUUCCAAUUCCAGGGAGCCCAUUUGAAUUUACUGUUACUGAAGGAGGACCUGAAAAAGUUAAAGUUUAUGGCAAAGGAACAAAGAAGGGAAUUGUUGCGGUACCUGCAAGGUUUACUAUUGAUACAAAAAAUGCUGGUCCAGGAGAUCUAUCGGUGGCUGUAGAAGGACCAAGUAAAGCUGAUAUUGAGUGUGUUGAUAAUCAUGAUGGCACCUGUGAAGUUACAUAUAUACCUGUUGAAGAAGGCAAAUAUGAUGUCAUUGUUAAGUUUGAUAACAAUCAUGUUCCUGGUAGUCCUUUCCAUCCUGUUAUAGUUCAAGAUGAACCAGCAAUUGAAGUUGGAUACCCCUCAGAUCUUUGCUUGUCUUCAGAUGCAGUUAAUGUCAAGGAUGUUCCAAACUUAAAAGGUUUACUCUCAGCGCCUUCUGGUAAAGAAAAGCCUUGUGAAAUUAAAGAAGGACCAAAAGAUUCCAUUCUUGCUUCUUUUGUUCCUGAAGAGCCUGGAAAGAAUCUUUUAAAUAUUAAAAAACAAAAUAAACCUAUUAGUGGUUUACCUAUUCCAAUUAUUGCACGUGAAAAACCAGUUAUAGGAAAAGACAGUUGCAUACCCUUAGAAUGCACUGGCUGUGACACAGCAAAAGAUUUAGCUGCCUUAAAAGGAGUUCUUCGAAGGCCCAAUGGUAAGGAGGAGCCUUGUAAAAUUGAAAAGUUUCAAGAUGGUGUUAUAUCGGUUAAUUUUGUUCCUGAAGAACCAGGAAAACAUCUUAUAAAAGUGUUUAAAAAUAAUAAACAAAUUGAUGACAGUCCAUUUGUUGUCAUGGUAGAUGGAUCACCUGAUAAAUAUCCAAAAGUGGGAAAACCCUGUGAUAAAGAAUUAUACCUACCUGAACCUUGUAAAAGCAGUGAUAUUAGUAAACUUAAAGGUACUUUGCGAAGACCCACAGGCAAAGAAGAACCAAUUGAUGUUAAGCUUGGCAAGAAUGGGUCAAUUAGUGUAUCAUUUGUUCCAACUGAAGCUGGUGAGCAUUUAAUUAGUGUUAAAAAAGAUGGAAAGCAUGUUCCCAGUAGUCCAUUCUCUAUCAUUGUUAUUGACGAGCCAAAAGCGCCAACAGUUGGAUCUGUUUGUGAUGCUUCUUUUGUAAUUCCUGAACUUGAUUUACAAAAAGACUUGGAUCUGCUUUCUGGGGAACUUACUCGUCCAAAUCAUAAAACUGAACCUCUUCCAUUGAGUGUUGAUGAAAAAGGAGCACUUGUGUUCAAUUUUAUACCAAAUGAACCUGGUGAGCAUUUAAUUGGAAUUAAAAAGCGAGGAAAACAUGUCAAAGACAGCCCUUUCACGAUACUUGUUGAAGAAGCUGAAACUAAUCCAAAGGUUGGUGAAGAAUGUGUCAAAAAGUUAAACACACCUAACCUUGACUUACCUCGUGAUUUGCCCGAUUUAAAGGGAGAACUUCAACGUCCUAGUGGAAAGCGCGAGCCUGUUAAAUUAAAAGUAAUUGAUGAUAAGCUUAGUGCCAUUUUUAAACCUGAAGAAACUGGAGAGCAUCUUUUGCAUGUUAACAAAAAAGGAAAACCAAUUGAAGGAAGUCCAUUUAAAAUUAUUGUUGAUAGUCCAGGAGCUGAAGUUGGACAAGAGUGUGGUGUUAACCUAGCUAUUCCAGAUUUGAAUUUACCUCAGGAUUUAAAAUAUCUAGAAGCUGAAUUAACUGAUCCAAAUGGUAAAAAAAAGCCUCUGAAAUGUAAAGAAGGUCCAAAUAAAACUCUAGCUGUUGAUUUUACUCCUAAAAUACCUGGUGAUCACUUCAUUGAUAUUAAAAAAAAAGGAACACCAGUACCAGGAAGUCCAUUUUUAGUGGCAGUUGGACCAGCAAAAAAGCAUAAAAAGAGUCCUUUAACAGACGAUGAUGAUAUUGUUCCAGUUAUAGAAAAAGAUGUAGAGUGUUCUGAAAAUUUAACUGAUAGUCCUACUGUUGGCUCUCCUUGUGAUAUAUCAAUGAAUUUAGAUGAUGUAAAAUUGCCUGAUGAUCUUGAUAAACUUAAAGCUCAUCUAACUAGACCUUCUGGUAAACGAGAACCAAUUAAAUGUGGUAUGGAUAGUGAAGGUUCACUUGCUUUGUCUUUUAUACCUGAUGAAUCUGGAUUACAUAAAAUCGAUCUUGAGAAAAAUAAAGUUCCCGUUAAAGGCAGUCCUUUUGAAAUCUAUGUAAAUGAAGCUUCUGUACCUCAUGAAAAAGGUCCUACUGUAGGCUCCCCCUGUGAUGUUGACUUGAGUAUAGAUGGUAUCAAGUUGCCUGAUGAUUUGGAUAAGCUAAAAGCAAAGUUAUAUAGACCAAGUGGAUCAAAAGAAACUAUCCCUUGUGAAAUGGGAGAAAAUGGAUCAUUAGCACUAAGUUGGACACCUUAUGAGCCUGGAAAACAUUUAAUAAGUGUGAAAAAGAACAAGCUUCCAGUAGCUGGCAGUCCAUUUGAAAUUAUGGUAGAAGAUGAUGAACCUGACAACAGUAAAAAAGCACGUGACAAAAAGCCAAAAGCAGGUUCACCUUGUGGGUUAAAUAAAGUAAUUGAUGAUGUAAAACUUCCAGAGGAUCUUGCUAAGUUGACAGCUGAAUUGACCAAACCAUCUGGUAAAAAAGAGCCCAUAAAAUGCAAAGCAGCACCUGAUGGCAGUUUGUUAUUGGACUUUACACCAACUGAAGUCGGUAAGCAUUUAGUUGAUGUGAAAAAGAGUGGUCGUCCAGUCAAAGGAAGUCCGUUUGAAAUACUUGUUGAUCAUCCUGAUGAUGAAAAACCUAAAGUUGGUUCACCUUGUGGUUUAAAGAAAGUGAUUGACGAUGUCAAACUUCCAGAGGAUCUUGCUAAGUUGACAGCUGAACUGACCAAACCAUCUGGUAAAAAAGAGCCUAUAAAAUGCAAAGCAGCACCUGAUGGAAGUUUGGUAUUGGACUUUACACCAACUGAAGUUGGCAAGCAUUUAAUUGAUGUUAAGAAAAGUGGCCGUCCAGUAAAAGGCAGUCCUUUUGAAGUAAUUAUUGAUAAUGCUGAUGAAGAUAAGCCAAAAGUGGGUUCACCAUGUGAAGUUAAUUUAGCUAUUGAUGAUGUCCAUCUUCCAGAAGAUCUUGAUAAGUUGAGUGCUGAGUUAACUAGACCAUCUGGUAAGAAAGAGCCUAUCAAAUGUAAAAUGGCACCAGAUGGCAGUUUGGCAUUGGACUUUACGCCAACUGAAGUCGGUAAACAUCUUAUUGAAGUGAAAAAGAAUGGUCGACCUGUCAAAGGAAGUCCUUUUGAAAUAUUUGUUGAUCAUCCUGAUGAUGAAAAACCUAAAGUUGGUUCACCCUGUGGUUUGAAGAAAGUGAUUGAUGAUGUCAAACUUCCAGAGGAUCUUGCUAAGUUGACAGCUGAACUGACCAAACCAUCUGGUAAAAAAGAGCCUAUAAAAUGCAAAGCAGCACCUGAUGGCAGUUUGGUAUUGGACUUUACACCAACUGAAGUUGGCAAGCAUUUAAUUGAUGUUAAGAAGAGUGGUCGUCCAGUCAAAGGCAGUCCUUUUGAAGUUAUUGUUGAUCAUGCUGAUGGAGAUAAGCCAAAAGUGGGUUCACCAUGUGAUGUUAAUUUAGCUAUUGACGAUGUUCAUCUUCCAGAAGAUCUUGAUAAGUUGAGUGCUGAGUUAACUAGACCAUCUGGUAAGAAAGAGCCUAUUAAAUGUAAAAUGGCACCAGAUGGCAGUUUGGCAUUAGACUUUACACCAACUGAAGUCGGUAAACAUCUUAUUGAAGUGAAAAAGAAUGGUCAACCUGUCAAAGGAAGUCCUUUUGAAAUAUUUGUUGAUCAUCCUGAUGAUGAAAAACCUAAAGUUGGUUCACCCUGUGGUUUGAAGAAAGUGAUUGAUGAUGUCAAACUUCCAGAGGAUCUUGCUAAGUUGACAGCUGAACUGACCAAACCAUCUGGUAAAAAAGAGCCUAUAAAAUGCAAAGCAGCACCUGAUGGUAGUUUGGUAUUGGACUUUACACCAACUGAAGUUGGCAAGCACUUAGUUGAUGUUAAGAAGAGUGGUCGUCCAGUCAAAGGCAGUCCUUUUGAAGUUAUUGUUGAUCAUGCUGAUGGAGAUAAGCCAAAAGUGGGUUCACCAUGUGAUGUUAAUUUAGCUAUUGACGAUGUUCAUCUUCCAGAAGAUCUUGAUAAGUUGAGUGCUGAGUUAACUAGACCAUCUGGUAAGAAAGAGCCUAUAAAAUGUAAAAUGGCACCAGAUGGCAGUUUGGCAUUGGACUUUACACCAACUGAAGUCGGUAAGCACCUUAUUGACGUGAAAAAGAAUGGUCGACCUGUCAAAGGAAGUCCUUUUGAAAUAUUUGUUGAUCAUCCUGAUGAUGAAAAACCUAAAGUUGGUUCACCCUGUGGUUUGAAGAAAGUGAUUGAUGAUGUCAAACUUCCAGAGGAUCUUGUUAAGUUGACAGCUGAACUGACCAAACCAUCUGGUAAAAAAGAGCCUAUAAAAUGCAAAGCAGCACCUGAUGGCAGUUUGGUAUUGGACUUUACACCAACUGAAGUUGGCAAGCACUUAGUUGAUGUUAAGAAGAGUGGUCGUCCAGUCAAAGGCAGUCCUUUUGAAGUUAUUGUUGAUCAUGCUGAUGGAGAUAAGCCAAAAGUGGGUUCACCAUGUGAUGUUAAUUUAGCUAUUGACGAUGUUCAUCUUCCAGAAGAUCUUGAUAAGUUGAGUGCUGAGUUAACUAGACCAUCUGGUAAGAAAGAGCCUAUAAAAUGUAAAAUGGCACCAGAUGGCAGUUUGGCAUUGGACUUUACACCAACUGAAGUUGGUAAACAUCUUAUUGAAGUGAAAAAGAAUGGUCGACCUGUCAAAGGAAGUCCUUUUGAAAUAUUUGUUGAUCAUCCUGAUCAUGAAAAACCUAAAGUUGGUUCACCUUGUGGUUUGAAGAAAGUGAUUGAUGAUGUCAAACUUCCAGAGGAUCUUGCUAAGUUGACAGCUGAACUGACCAAACCAUCUGGUAAAAAAGAGCCUAUAAAAUGCAAAGCAGCACCUGAUGGCAGUUUGGUAUUGGACUUUACACCAACUGAAGUUGGCAAGCACUUAGUUGAUGUUAAGAAGAGUGGUCGUCCAGUCAAAGGCAGUCCUUUUGAAGUUAUUGUUGAUCAUGCUGAUGGAGAUAAGCCAAAAGUGGGUUCACCAUGUGAUGUUAAUUUAGCUAUUGACGAUGUUCAUCUUCCAGAAGAUCUUGAUAAGUUGAGUGCUGAGUUAACUAGACCAUCUGGUAAGAAAGAGCCUAUAAAAUGUAAAAUGGCACCAGAUGGCAGUUUGGCAUUGGACUUUACACCAACUGAAGUCGGUAAACAUCUUAUUGAAGUGAAAAAGAAUGGUCGACCUGUCAAAGGAAGUCCUUUUGAAAUAUUUGUUGAUCAUCCUGAUCAUGAAAAACCUAAAGUUGGUUCACCUUGUGGUUUGAAGAAAGUGAUUGAUGAUGUCAAACUUCCAGAGGAUCUUGCUAAGUUGACAGCUGAACUGACCAAACCAUCUGGUAAAAAAGAGCCUAUAAAAUGCAAAGCAGCACCUGAUGGCAGUUUGGUAUUGGACUUUACACCAACUGAAGUUGGCAAGCACUUAGUUGAUGUUAAGAAGAGUGGUCGUCCAGUCAAAGGCAGUCCUUUUGAAGUAUUUGUUGAUCAUCCUGAUGACAAUAAACCAAUGGUUGGUUCAUCUUGUGAUGUUAAUUUAGCUAUUGAUGAUGUUAAAUUGCCAUCAGAUCUCAAAAAUCUCACAGCAGAACUAACUCGUCCUUCUGGUAAAAAGGAACCUGUAAUAUGUGGUGUUUCGCCUGAUAAUUUGCUUGCUCUUUCUUUCACUCCAGAUGAACCUGGUAAGCACUUAUUGUCUGUAAAAAAACAUGGUAUCCCAGUUAAAGGAAGUCCUUUUGAAGUUAUUGUUGAAGAUAUUAGUCGGCCCAAGCAUCCUACAGUUGGGCACAAGUGUGAUGUAGAAUUUUCUACACCAGAUAUUGUUUUGCCAAAUGACUUAUCAAGUCUUACUGCUAAGCUUACAAGACCAAAUGGAAUCCAAGAACCCAUUAAAUUUUCUUCUAAACCAGAUAAAAGUCUUGCAUUUGAAUUUACACCCAAAGAAUCAGGUGAUCAUAUAAUUGAUGUGUUUAAGAAUGGGCAUCAUGUUAAAGGAAGUCCCUUUAUUGUUAAGGUAUUUGCUGAUGAAGACGCGUGUAAAGCUUUGACUGUAGGAAGUGAGUGCCUAGUAAAUAUAGCAAUAGAUGAUAUAAAAUUACCAGAAGACUUUUCUAGUUUAGUUGGAUCCUUAAAACGACCUGAUCAUCACACAGAAGAACCUCUUGAACUUGUAUUAAAUAAAAAUAACACAAUUGGUGUUAUUUUUGUUCCAGAGAAGGCAGGGCCACAUGUUAUUUCAAUUAAAAAGCACGGAAAACAUGUUUCUAAAUCGCCAUUUGUUAUUACUGUUGAAGAACCGCAAACAUCUGCUCAAGAACCAGUUGUAGGAAAUCCUGUUGACUUAAGUUCACAAUUAAUAGUUAAACCAGAAGAUCUACGCUUUUUAAAAGGCACAUUGACCCGACCUAAUAAUCAAGAGGAACCAAUUGAAUUGAAGUUAAAUUCAACUAAUCAUAUCGUUGUAAACUUUCUUCCAUCUGAACCAGGUCUUCACAAAGUUUCUAUUAAGCGUAAUGGAAAACAUAUUGAUGGAAGUCCAAUUGAAAUAAUGGUUGGUGCAGGUAAGAAAAAGCCUACUUGUGAUGUUGGAUUUGUAAUACCAGGAAUAAGCUUACCUGAUGAUCUAAAAAAAUUAAAAGGCUCAGUUGUUGCACCAAAUGGUUCUGAAGAACCACUGCAAUUGCAAGCUGGUGAAAAAAAUACCAUUGUAAUAUCUUUCUUACCAAAAGAAUCAGGUUUGCAUUAUAUUCAUAUAAAAAUGAAUAACAAGCAUGUUGGUGCUAGUCCUUAUGAAGUUAUGGUCAAGCCUGAAGAUAUAGCAUUUGCAAAACCAGAUGCAUCUAAAGUCAAAUGUACUGGAAGAGGUCUACGACAUGGACAUCCAAAAGAGAAAGCAACUUUUAAUGUAGACACUCGGGAUGCUGGCUAUGGAGGACUUAGUCUAUCCAUUGAAGGACCUUCAAAAGUUGAUAUUAAUUGUGUUGAUAAUGAUGAUGGAACCUGUUCUGUAGACUACACACCUUCAGAGCCUGGCACUUAUUUGAUUAAUGUUACAUAUGCUGAUGAUCAUGUUCCUGGUUCUCCAUUUAAAUGUAGGGUUGGUGGUUCUAUAGGAGAAGAAAUAAAAGUUGUUCAUAGUGAUGAAGUUCAGUCAACACCUGAUGACAUGUUUAGUGAUAUGUUAGCUUUUCCAAGCAGUAAAUCACGUUCACCUAAAGAUUUUGUUAUUAAAUUUUCUGGUACUGGUGAUUUAAAAGCUACUGUCACCCGACCAUCUGGAACAGAGGAUGAUGCAGAAGUUAUUGAAACCGCAGUAGAUACAUACACAGUGCGCUUUGUUCCCCGAGAAACAGGAGAACAUUUGGUGAAUGUCAGAAGUAGACGCAGGCAUAUUCCUGGUAGUCCGUUCAAAGUUCUUGUUGAAGCUCCAUCAGGUGGUGCACCAGCCUGCAAAGCUCAUGGACCUGGGCUUGAAGGUGGUAUUGCUGGACAACCUUGUAAAUUUACUGUAAUUACCAGAGAUGCAGGACCAGGUGGACUUGCUGUUGCUGUUGAAGGCCCUGCUAAAGCUGAAAUUCAGUGUAAUGAUAAUGGAGAUGGCUCUUGUGAUAUAACUUGGUAUCCUGUAGAGACAGGUGAAUAUACUGUGCACAUACGUUUUGCCGAUGAAGCUAUUCCAGGAAGUCCAUCAAAGGUUUUCAUAUUACCUGCAAACCAAGGUAAAACUAUGCCAAUGGAAAGUUUUAAAGACCAAGUUUUAAGAGUAGGCCAGCAAGCCAGUUUUGCAGUUCAAAUGAAAGGAAAAAAAGGUAAAAUCAGCGCAUCUGUAGAGUCUCCAUCUAAUGUUCAGAUUGAUUGCAAUGUUGCUGAAUUAGAAGAAGGAAACUAUGCUGUUCGUUUUGUACCACGUGAACUUGGCGAUCAUUUAGUCAGUGUAUAUUUGGACGGUCAACACAUACCUGGAUCACCUUUUACUGUUCGAGUUGGUGGACUUGAAGGCGAUCCGAGUAAAGUUACUGCACACGGACAAGGUCUCAAGGGAGGAGUUUCUUCAAAACCUGCAGAGUUUACUGUAAACGCUUUAGACGCAGGCUCUGGUGCUUUAGCUUUAUCGAUAGAUGGACCAGCUAAAGUUAAAAUGAAUUGCGUUGAACAAGACGAUGGAACAUACAAAGUUAUAUAUAACCCAACUGUCUGUGGAACAUACGAAAUAAGUAUUCGUUUUGCUGGACAGCAUAUACCAAAUAGCCCUUACAAAGUAAGAAUCGUAGAGUCUGAAGAUGAAAUCGAUGCCGUUUUCGGUGAUGCUAGUAAGUGUACUUCUAACGGAUCUGGUUUACAUCGCGCUAAUGUAGGAAAGCCAGCAACAUUUACUGUUGACGCAAGUAAUGCCGGCCGUGGAUCGAUAAUGGUUGGUGUCGAAGGACCGGUGGUUCCUGCAAAAGAAAUUCAUGUUAUUCAUACUGGAAGUAACAUUUAUAGUAUAAACUAUACUUUAGUCGAAGAAGGAGAUUAUAUCAUCAGAAUAUUAUGGGGAGAUAGACACAUUCCUGGCUCACCUUUCCACGUCACUGUAUAAGUUUAAAAAUUUUAAAAACUUCCGAGAAGUCCAGCUGCCUCGCAAAAAGUUGCAACUGUUGUAAUAAAAGGCUUAACUCUGGUUGCAAAAUAUAUAUAAAAAAAAACAUGCUUUUAAAAAAGAGAGCUCACGAUUUUCUGUUUGUUUUGUUUUAAGUUUAGAUUUCGGGUAUAUCUCUCAAAAGAGCCUGUAAAUAUUUAUUACAAUUUUUAUUUGUUGUGUUUUUUGUAUUGUAUAUAAAAUUUUAUUAGUUGCGUUAGUCAUUAGUAGAAUGUUACAUUUAGUAUUACGUCAUUAUUUUAUAAUAGUAAAUAUAAUAAUAGGAAUUUACGUUCAA